AACUCAAAUCGUAUUCAAAAUGGCAGCCGAGGACGUCUACGUCCGACUCUGUUUACAAGAAAUUGUUAAAUUAGACCUAGAAGUGAAAGCUAUUAUACAGGAUAUCAGAGAUUAUGCUAAAACUUCAGAUGUGUUGGAUGAUUUCAAUAUUCGAGCAAGAGAAAGGUUAAGUAAACUGAGGAAAAAAGUGGACGAAUUGGAGCAACUAGGACGGGAGCAGGAUAAAGCUUCAGACAAAGAUGCAAUUUUAAAGAAUGUGGAAAACCACCGGAAAAAUGUAUCCAGUACAAUCACUAGUCUUCGUCAAGCCAACCUGUCAACACAGCUCCAGAUAGAAAAAUAUUCCAAGGAGCAGCUUUUGUCGGGUGGUUCACAACUCAGAAACAGAGGACACGGCAACAAGGAAUCUUUGGCUAAACAGGCUGGAGACAUCAGUGAGUCACUGGUCAGUCUCAACAGAAUGAUGCAGGGACAGCUGGAACAGAGCCAACAAACAAUAGGAUUGCUAGUAUCAUCCUCGAAGACGGUGUCGGAGACCCAGGACGAGUUUCGAAGCAUGGGUGGACAUAUUAAGAACUCUCGCAGACUUUUGACAAAGUAUGGUCGACGGGAACUCACCGACAGACUGUUGAUAUUCCUCGCUCUCGUCUUCUUCUUUUCAUCGGUGUUGUACAUCGUCAAGAAACGACUGUGGCCUUCCUAACAGUUCACAUUAUUAAUAUAUGAUCUAGUCUGUU